CCGCGUCUCUGGCUGCUCCGGAGCGGCGCUCGCUCAGGUCUCUGCGCUCCCCUCUCCGGACUUUGCCGCCGCUCCUCGUCCCGGCGCGGGUGGUCCCUGCUGCCCAGCCCCUGCUGGCCUCUCUCUGUGCACAGCAGGUCAGGAUGGGGAGGUGCCUGGUGCCCCGACUGCCUGCCCUUUCUGUGUGCCUCGCCGUGGCCCAGCUGCUCAGCCCCUGCUCAGGUGAGUUUGCUGUGGUCGGACCCCCGGAGCCCAUCCUGGCCAUGGUGGGUGAAGACACAGACCUGCCCUGUCACCUGUCCCCAGAGAUGAGCGCUGAGACCCUGCAGCUGAUGUGGGAGCGACCCAGCCACAGGCAGGUAGUGCACGUGUACGCACACGGGCAGGAGGAGACGCCAGCAGAGGAGUUUCGAGGGAGAACUUCGAUUUCACGAGAGGACGUCACUGCGGGGAAGGCCGCUCUCCGGAUUCGCAAUGUCAGGGUCUCAGACAACGGAACCUACCUGUGUUAUUUCCAAGAUGGAGACUUCUAUGCAAAAGCCCAGGUGGAGCUGCAGGUGGCAGCGCUGGGCUCUGACCCCCACAUUGACAUGAAGGGCUACGAGGCUGGAGGGAUCCGUGUGAACUGCACGUCUGCCGGCUGGUACCCGCAGCCCCAGAUCCAGUGGAGAGACGCCAGGGGACAGAGCUUGCCCUCGGAGGCAGCAUCUGUGGCUGCAGACCCCCAGGGCCUUUAUGCAGCCUCAGCCUCUGUGAUCCUGGAAGGCGGCUCUGGGGAGGGGGUCUCCUGUGUCAUCAGAAACCCCCUGCUGGGCCAGGAGAGGUCACCCAGGCUUUCCAUCCCAGGUGCCUUCUUCAGGGACACACAGCCUUGGACUCUGUUGCUCUCCCUGACCCUGGUGGUUCUUGCGGGGCUCCUAUUGCAUGUGGGGUACUUGGUGUGGCGACGGCGGAAGAGGAUCCAGGCCCUGUUCCAGGAGGAGGGGAGAGCACGAGCUGAGGAAGCAGCAGCGCGGGCAGAGCUGCAGCGGGAGCGAAGCGCCCAAGGGUGGACGAAGAGCUGGGACCGACCAGGUGAGUGACCCGGACCUGCAUCUCAGCCUCUCUGCUCGGGUAGGUCAGGCCCCUCCCUCACCCCUAGUCACCCAGGGGAAGGACGGGGACACUGGUGGGGGCCGAGGCAGUGGUCUCUCUCAGUGGGGAUGGGGCUGUGGUGUCUCCAUCGGGGGGCGCUGGAGCCGGGGCACCCCGGGAGCCCCUGGAAAGGAGAGGGGGUGGGGAGAGGA